AUGUCUGAAACUCUAAUCAUCCGCUUCAACGUGGGAGGGUCACAAAUGGCAACUCUGAAGACCACUUUCCCGGUCGAUUCCAUCUUCCACAAGUGGUUCGUCUCCAGAACAAAGCCAUCUCCAUUCACAGUCGACCGCGAAGGCGCUUACUUUGUCGACCGGGACCCAUUCUCGUGAGAACAAAGAAUCGUUGUGUUAACUGUUUUUAUCGUUUUGCAGGUUUGGCAUCGUUCUGAACUAUUUCCGUUUGCGUAAAGCAGGACAGCUUUGGGAGGCAUGUCUUCCGAAGGACCCGGAUAGAUUGGCAAUGCUCACGCAGGAAGCCGACUUCUUCCUGCUCCCCCAGCUCCGCGAUCAGGCUAUCUGCAUGCUCCAAUUGUGCAGUAACAAGAACGACUCAAACUAUAUCAACGAGGUGAGAAACACUUGAAGAUUAGUGGCUUUUCAUGACAAAAGUAUGAUUCAGAUGCUUGCAAAGAGCACAAGCUGUCCUCAAGGAUUCGAGCAGAAGGAAGACGAAGAAGAAGACUUCUGA